GGUGUGGAACAAACAGAAGCAAAACAGUGCAGGGAGGGAUGUGGAGGGGGGGAGCUGAGGAAUGCAGCCUCGUCUCUCUCCUGCACCAGGCACUUGUGCUCAUGUAUUGGUUCAGACUGUGACUUGGAAAGUCUGCUACAAGUCACAGUAAUGAGCAAUUGGGGUGGGUGAUGUGACAAUAGCUUCUUGGAAACAGUUGUGAUAUUCCCUCCUAUUCUACUUGUAAUAUCAGGAUAAUUUACACCUGACCUGGUACAAGGCCUUUCUUGCAUUUUCUUCCAUCUCUUUCCCUGUGGUCCAACAGCCAGUGAUUUUCUGUACAAGAGAAACUUCUCAAAAAACAGGGCAGCUGUUCUCCUGGAUGCAUACCCUGGGGAGGAUUUCAGGUCAGAACGCUGAGGGCAGGCAGCCAUUUCUUUGCUUCUCUUUAUCCCUUCCCUACAAGUCGCCCAGCUGCAGUGUCUUGCUCCCAGCGCCUCCCAAAAACCCCUUCUAUUCCCACCAGGGAUCUAAAGGAGAGUGAGUUGGAAGGAAAAAGUCUCCUCUCAGGCCUCAUACUUAGCUACACCUUUCACAUGCAGCAAAAUCGUGGGCUUUGCUCUGCUCUGUGUGUCAUUGGAAGAGAGCACCGCAUUGGAAAAUGAGGAUCUCGGGGUGCCAGGGCUCUGAGGAACGUGGCCACCACAUCUGUCAGAACCAAGGGAUCUUGGGAGAGUCCCCAUCGUCCCUCUUCAAAGAGAUGGCACCAAGUCGCUUCUAUUAUGAGAGCGAGAGGAGUGCUUGGCUGACGGAGUUUUUGGCCGUUCUGUGGCAUGGAAUGCAACCAGCAUGGAAGCAUCGUUUGUCGUUGUGGAUUCUGAGUAAGAUUUCUCACCCUCUGCUCAUGAUGGCAGUGGUGACCAGCUCAGAUGUGUUGGAUGGUAUGGUGGACAUUGAGGAGCUGCUCACCUGGAUCAGCGACGUGGCAGGUGCUCUCGCGGAUCCCCGGGAGAACCAAGAUGGUUCCAGAGUCAGAGAGAAAUACCUGAAGGGUGACCUGCUUCAGGACGAGCUGCUGGGGGAAGUAGACAGCCAGGAAAGAGAACAACUCAUUGCAUGGAUCAGUGCCAAGGAGCCACAAAGCCCUGAUGUCUCCAGCAGCCCUGCCCCUCCUUGCUUCAUCGCCCAGCUCCCCGACUUCCCACAGUACAGCAGGAAGUCAGCGAGGAAGCACGGGCUGCUGCCUGGACCCCCCCGACCCACUGUGGGGGCUGCUGCCAUCCCUCGGGCAGCUCUCUGAGCUGCAGGGCCGGCCUUUGCUGCUGCCUGCUGUUGCACCACCAGAACUACCACUGCCGACCCCUCUGGCUGCUCCUGCGCCUCCUUCGCUCCACCCUGCACAGCGCAUGGAUGUGGUGGGUUUCACAGUUGCUUGUUUUUUAAAGCAAUCUCUUAUGGGGAACCAUACAGAAAAACUCAAGUUUGUUUGAGCCCCUAUAAUUUCCACGAUAGCUCGUUCUGGUGUACAGAAGUUCGUACCACUUCCCAAACAUUGGCUGGGGAUGUCAGGGACAAAAUGGAGGUCAGCACUGGGGGCGUGCUGGGGACGUGCUGAGGACAUCCUGGGGUUUGAGGGAGGAAGUGGCGGAGGUGGCCAGUGAAAACGGGAAGAGAGUUGUGUUUUACAAAGG